AUGGGUCCCAAAGAUUUCAAAAAGCGCAAAAUUGUUGCCGGGCCUAAAGUUGAAGAGGUCAAUUUCGACAGCGAGUCCCGCCAGGAAUGGCUGACUGGGUUUCACAAACGCAAGGUGCAACGCGCUAAGCAUGCACAAGACAAUGCUGUCAAGAGAUACAAAGAGGAGAAGAGAGACGCAAGAAAAAAGAUUCGAGAGGAUCGCAAAAAAGACUUCGAACAGGCAAUGGCGGAGCACAAAGCGGUACUCAAGCGCAUGAAGGAGGAUGCUGGAGAUCUCGGCGAAAUGGAAGGCGAGAGCGAGGAGGAAAAUUGGGAGGGAAUCGAAGAGCCUCCAGCAGUGGACUACGAAGCCGAAUAUGUCGACGAGGACAAAUACACAACAGUCACUGUUGAAGAAAUGGAUGCAUCCCGUGAAGGUCUGCUCAAGGUUGCCAAGGGGGAGGAAUCAGAGAAUGAAGAAGAGAAAAAAUAUCCGACCGAGACGGAGGCUGAUACAAAAGCCAAGAAGAGAAAGCCCAGGAGUGCAGCCUCAGAAGCAGCCAGGAAAAAGAAGAGGAACUUCCGCUACGAGACCAAGGUUGAGCGCAAACAAACAAUGUUAAAGCAACGGUCCGUGAAAGCGAAGAGGGCAAAGGCACGAAAGGGUGCAGAGGAAUGA